ACUGUAGCGAGAAUAGUUUUUUUUUUUUUUUUUUUUUAACUUUUUCUAAAUCAUUGAAAGCGAUUGUUCACGAUCGUCAAGUGAAUUUUUUAAUUUUGCACUGAAAAGAUUAAAUUUAUUAACUUUAGUAAUUUGUGAAAAUUUUUUAAUAAUGUGUAAAUCGCAUAUGUUUGUUAUUUUAUUGUAUUGCGUUGGUGUUAUGGCUAAAAGUAAGAAUUCAUUGCAUCGUUUUAAAAUUUCUAUGGUAUCAUCGGGCACGUCCAACAAACCCGCCCGCUUCACGCACGCCGAGAGCCCGGUGUGGGACGCGGAGACGCAGUCGCUCUACUUCACGGAUGUGCAUCUUCAAAACGUGCACCGCCUGGAUUACGUCACUGGGAAAAUAUACACGAAGCAUAUCGGUUACGGGCAGGUGAACGUGGUGACCCCAGUGUCGGGUUCCAAGCGUUUUCUAGUAGCGGUGCGUUCAGCGCUUUAUCUGCUGGACUGGGACAAAGCCGACGACUCUGCGCUGCGGCUGCUCACUACAGUGGACCACGGGCUGCCCGAUAAUGUGAUAAACGAGGGCAAGGCGGACUCGGAAGGAAGGUUUUGGUUCGGUACAAAGGGUCCUCAGUCGGGUCACCACGUCCAACCAGACAAGGCGGCGUUCUACAGCAUCAGUCAAGCCAGCUUCAGCCGCCCACGAGCGCACCUGCGGCCGGUGACCAUCUCCAACGGGCUGACGUGGGCGCUCAACAACAGUGUACUGUAUUACAUCGACUCGCCCACGCAGAAGAUUGAGGCUUUCGAUUUUGAUCCGGAAAAUGGGGAAUUGAGCGGGCGGAGAACAAUUCUCGACAUAACGAUGUACGGAUACGAGGACGCUAUCCCGGACGGCAUGACCAUCGACAGCAAGGGACAUCUGUGGGUGGCCAUUAUGUUUGGGGGCACGAUCCUGCACAUAGAUCCAGACAAGAGGGAGAUAGUGUACGGCUACAAGCUGCCAGUAUCACACACCACGUCUCUCUGCUGGGGGGGGCCGGCGCUCGACGAGCUGUUCGUCACCACCUCCAGAUACAAACUGAAGGAGCCGCUGGCCGGCGCCAUAUUCACGAUACGGGGGACUGGCAGCUACGGUGUACCGAGUUAUGCGUUCAGAUUCGAUAAUGCUGACAACUAUUAACACGUUCGCUGUGGAACGAGGUCAAUUGACCUCGUAUGUCUAGUGUGUUCAAGAGUUACGAGGUCAAUUGACCUCGUACCGCACCAGCGGAAAGUACAGAAAAAUUUGUGCCAUAAAAGUUCCAGCAUAAUUAGCCUUAUUGUGUUGUGUUUGUUGUCACUUAUUUGUAGAUUCUCUUUUAACAAUCGCUAACGCUUCGAAAAUUAAAAAUUAAUAGGAAUGACAUCACGUCUAUGGUCUAUGGGCCAUAGUAUUAUAUGGCCCACGUCUAUGGGCCAUAUAAUACUAGCGGUUUACAACAGUAAGAGCCGUUGCAAUCAUCACCGAGGGGUGGUUCAAUCCUCACCCCAUUGGUCUAUUGUCGUACCCACUCCUAGCACAGUCUUUCCCGACUAGUAGGGGAAUGGGAAUAUUGGUCAUAUUAUAAAAGAUAUGUCAAAUAUUGUUUAUCAAAAAAAAAUUGUUUUGGUUGGCACUCUUAGGGCUCCCACACACGGGCUACCGAUCACAACAACAAAACGCCGCUACCGGCAUUUUCUGUACUUUUCAUACAUUUUAUAUGGACUCGCCACACCAGUUGACGCCAGUGGCCGCCACACGCUACAAUCGUCGCUGCUCGCUUCUUGUGGCCCGCACUGGCCAUGAAACGCCGAUACAAAACGUCGCCACACGCCAUUCGCGCGAUUAUGAUACUGCGUGAUCUUCUCGGACCAAGACGCGUUUGGAACCCUCGUAACUUUAAUUUUAAGCUUUCGACUAUUAUUACGACCAUUUGAUUAAAUUAAAUUAUGACACAACUUGUCUUUUCACAAGUGCUUGUAAACUAAGCCUAAUUGAAAUAAAUAAAUUUAGAAUUUUAUGUAUGGGUUAAAAAAGUAGCAGCCACCGACCACAAGUAUUGACCACCGGCCACAAGUGCGCGCUUCAGCUACUUUUGUGGCCCCUUCUUGCUUGUAGCGGCGUUUGUGGCUGUCGCGUGUGACCCGUGUGCGACGACAUUUAUAAACGCUGCAGGAAUGGCCGAAAAGUCAAACGUUUUCCUAUUAUUUAUAUUAAUUGACUGCGAUCUCAACUUAUAAGAAAAUAUAGUAGCGAGCUUUUAAGUUUAUUCUACCAUACCUCUGAAAGUUGCUGCUAAAUAUUUAAUUUAGGUAUUUCUGUAGUUUUAUUAACCGACUUCCAAAAAGGAGGAGGUUCUACGUUCGGCUGUAUGUAUGUCCAGCGAUAAUUCCGUCUUUUAUGGACCGACUUUGAAAAUUCUUUUUUCGUUUUGAAGGGUUUGAUUCCAGGGUGUCAGGAUUUGAUGUCAGGAUCUGAUGAUGCCAUCCUGGAGAAAUUGAGAGGAACUUUCACAAAUCGUAGAGACGGCUAGUGCGUUUGUUAGUGUUUCCAUAAGAUAUUUUAAACCACUACAAUUUUAUGAAGGUCUGGAGUUGCUCUGAUGAUCAGUUUGAAGGCGGUGCCAAGCCAGAAGAAGCAAACUAAACUAAAAAGCAAGAGAUAAGAAGUUAUUUCUUGGUUUUUAGUUUAGGUUAAUUUUUAAGUUGGAAGUCGGUUGAAUUUUUUUUUAUUAUAUUUUUCUGUUAUACAAAUCUUAGAUAAGGAAUAAAAAUAAAACGUUUUGUUGACCAGAAAUAAUUUAUUUGCGAACAUGAGCUUACGCGAA